AUGACUGGCGAGGCUGUGGAUUCCGCUUCACUCGAGAGUCUGGAACAGCAGCUCGUUUGUCUAGCGCUUGUAGCCAUCGCAGACCCGCUGCGUCCAGGAACGCGUGAGGCUGUAGCGUCGUGCCAGAAAGCAGGCAUCGUGGUUCGUAUGGUCACGGGUGACAGUGCACUAACUGCACGCUCCAUCGCACGUGAGUGUGGCAUCCUGGCUUCGGAGAAGGAAGAGAUGUACACUGUCAUGGAAGGACCGGACUUCAGAGCGCUCGUACUCGAUUCACACGGACAACUACGUCAAGAGAUCUUCGAUCAGGUGUGGCCGUCACUGCGUGUUCUUGCGCGUAGUUCGCCACAGGACAAGCACACGCUUGUAACUGGACUACGAGCGUCAAAGCUAAUGCCACAACUUGUUGCUGUGACGGGAGACGGCACGAACGACGCGCCGGCACUUCCGGCUGCACACGUGGGUUUUGCGAUGCGAAAGAGCGGCACAUCUGUGGCAAAGGAAGCGGCAGACAUCGUGCUCAUGGACGACGAUCUCGCCGGCGUAGUAAGCGCUGUUGUGUCUGGACGCGGCGUCUUCGACAGCAUCUCGCAGUUCUUGCAGUUCCAGAUCACAGUCAUCGCUGUGGCGUUGAGUGUGGCUUGUGUUGGAGCUGUGACUCUGCGUCAGUCUCCUAUUGCUGCUGUGCAGAUUCUGUGGGUGAACCUCUUCAUGGACGUGUUUGCGUCGCUUGUGCUCACGACAGACGAGCCCAAUGCAGCAAAACUACUCGAGCGUCAGCCGUACGCACGCAGUAAACCACUUAUAACGCCACGCAUGGCCAAACACAUCGCUGGUCAGACAGUUAUGCAGCUCACUCUGCUGCUCUUGCUCACAUUUCUCGGUGACAAGUGGUUCGACAUACCGUCGGGCCGUGCAUCGGUGACUAACGACGAUGACUCGGAGUCCACCCAACACUUGACCAUCGUGUUCAACACGUUCGUGUGGCUGCAGCUCUUCAACCAGCUCAACUGUCGCCAGGGCGUCACCGACACGCCAAAGCUUCGACUCACGGAGUUAUGCAAGAACAAACUGAGUAUCGCUGCGCUGUGCGUCCAGUGCGGCCUGCAAGGGGCUAUCGUGCAACUUGGAGGAGAACUCUUCCAUUGUGCCCCAUUGAGUGCUGCACAAUGGGGCGCCUGUAUUGGCAUGGGGGCCAUUGCUUUGCCGCUAGGCUGGGCGUUGCGCGCGGCCUCUAUCGAGGAAAAAGGAACCAGACUCUGGCGUCGGCUGCGUAAAUGCGAAGAAUAACUGUAACAGGGUCAAAUGUCGUAGUAAACACGAUAAUGCCAAUGAAGUUUCAGCCGCUACAAGUUGAAGUGGCUCACCCAAUC